UCUUUGGUGUAUACUGGGCCUCGGUGUUCGGUUAUUAGGCUACAUACAAGUUGGGCUCAUAGGAUUCCUUCCUGGGCUGGCUUUCAAGACGAUGCCUACUCCGCACUCCGCACCACUGCCUCAGAAAAGAAAAAAACGAGCUCGGCACCAAGCCACCAACAGCCGGCGGCGAACAUCCCCACUUCUCCCCAUCGCCGCCGGCGACGUCCCUUACACCGGCGCCAUGCUCCGCCUCCGGAGCUGCAUCCUCACCCAUCUCCUCUCUUCGCCCGCCACCCAUCCCGCCCCCUCUCUCCACCGCCUCCUCUCCGCCGCUGCGCCCGCCGUCUCCCAAAGCCCCCGAUUCGCGGUCGAGGACUACCUCGUCGACACCUGCGGCCUCACCCGAGCGCAGGCCCUCAAGGCCUCCACCAAGCUCUCCCAUCUCAAAUCGCCCACGAACCCCGGCGCCGUCCUCGCCUUCCUCGCCGGCCUCGGCCUAUCCAGUGCCGACAUCGCCGCACUCGUGGCUCGUGACCCGCAGUUCCUCUGCGCCGGCGUCGAGAGAACCCUGUCUCCCGUCCUCGCCAGGCUCACCGGCCUCGGCCUAUCGCGCUCUGAGAUCGCGCGCGUCGCCUCGCUCGCACCCCGCAGCUUCCGCUCCAGAUCUAUCGUUUCCGGGCUGGAGUACUACAUCCCCCUCUUUGGCUCCUCCGAGAGCCUUCUCCGGGGGCUCAAGAAAUUCAAGUACUUUCUCAGGUCCGAUCUAGAGAGGGUGGUCAAGCCCAAUAUUGAGUUACUGCGUGAGUGCGGGCUAGGCACUUCCGAUAUUGCCAAGCUCUGCCUCGCUGUGCCAUGGCUGCUCAGCGCCAAGCCGGAGCGCGUCCAGGUGAUGGUGGCGUGCGCGGAACGUCUCGGUGUGCCCCGUGGAUCGGGGAUGUUCAGGCACGCGUUGAAGGCUGUUGAAUCCCUCAGUGAGGAGAAGCUCGCCGCCAAAGUGGAGUACAUAAGGAACACGUUCAGGUGGUCGGAUGCUGAGGUGGGCAUUGCUCUUUCUAAGGCCCCACUGAUGCUGACCAAAUCCAAUCAGACACUGCAGAGCAAGUCGGAGUUUCUUAUAUCUGAGAUGGGGAUGGAACCGGCGUACCUUGCUCAUCGGUCGGUAAUGCUCUGCUUUAGCCUGGAGGGCCGAGUCAAGCCACGGUGCUAUGUUAUAAAGUUUCUUAAGGCAAAUGGAUUGCUAGAUCGCCACUGGACCUACUUGACAAUUGUCACGGUGGCUGAGAAGGAAUUUUUGGAGAAGUUCAUAUGUCCUCACAAGGAAGCUGCACCGAACCUUGCUGAAGAUUAUAAUGCCGCAUGCAGAGGGGAAGUGCCAGCUGAUUUCAGAUUUACAUGAACAAACAACCGGCUAUGAGAAUUGGUAACUGCGUAAGGUGCAACAAAAUUCUCACUCUGCGUAGUAAGCUGCUGCGCUACAAGUCUUUGUACAUCACUGGCACCUUAGGCCUGGUGUCCAUCCUAUAUGUAGCACAUUGCUGUGUCUACUGAUGCAAUUCUGGGCUUUGAUGGUGUUCAAUGAUGCAAGAGGGUAACUGUCCACUAUACUGUUCCAAACCAUCGUAUUUAUCAUUCUUUUGAGAUUGAUGAACGUAUCAAGAUAUGUAUUGGAGCGAAGAGAAUGUGAGAUCAGACCAGUCAGCCAAUGCAUUGAGAAUAUCAGUGGGUUAUUCUCUGUACUUUUCACGUUCAGUGUUCUGCUUCAGUUGGUUUUCAACAAUAUUGGGCUACUUUGUUGGCGGGCCUAUCCUGCAGUGUAAGUUUGUCAAGCACCGGCCACCAAUGAGAGGCGUUCCCUCUGAUUUUCAAGUACCAAAAUCGGCUUUCAGCUAUAUUUGACCUUUGUUGAGGAGCCUGUCAUGCAGUGUAGGUUUCUUAGGCAUUGACUGAGUAUUUUUCUGCAAGGAAUCUGUGGAACUUUCUAGCUGUAUAUUUGUUUCCACCUGACGUGUUUGAGAACAGAAAAAUGGAAGCAAUAAAUGGAUCUGCCUUGAUUAGCUAAGCUGCUUUUCAAACAAGUCUACAUGUACAGAUCAAGAUAAAUUUUUAGCUUCCAUUUUCUUUUGUUCAAAUAGAACACUUGGUCCUGUGAUGGAGAUGGACUCGGAAAUAUUAUGAGAUCAUUAUCUACCAUGGAGGAAAACUUAAAGAAGUGGAGCUAUGAGUCCUUUGGCUCUGUUCGUGGUCGGUUAAAAGAUUUGAGGAGGCAAUUAGAGGAAGUGAGGGACAGGAACUGGAGAAGAGGACAAACAAAACAAGAGAAGAGUUCUGUUAACCAAAUUUCGGAUUUAAUUGCCAGAGAAGAAAUUAUGAUACGCCAGAGAUCUAGAGUACAAUGGCUAGUGUUAGGAGAUCGUAACACCGCCUUUUUUCACUCAAAAUGCAGAGAAAGAGCAAGACAAGACAGAAUAAUUUCUCCACAACGAGAGGAUGGAAGGAUAUGUUAUCAACAGGGAGAAAUUGAAGGCAUAGCUAUUAACUUUUUCUGCAAAUUGUUUUCUGCUCAGGAGAACCUGCAACCAGAUAAAGUGAUAAAGUACGUGCAACCAAAAGUAACAAAGGAUAUGAAUAAGCACUUAUGUAAACCGUUUACUUCAGAAGAAGUUGAGAAGGCACUAUUUAGGAUGAAACCAAAUAAAUCUCCAGGCCCAAAUGGUUUUACAGCAGGAUUUUUUCAAAGCCAUUGGGAACUGAUAAAGAUUGAUAUUUGCAAUGCAGUUUUGAAGUUCUUGCGAAAUGGUGAAAUGCAAGAGGGCCUAAACAAAACAAUUAUGGUGCUCGUUCCAAAGGUGAAUCAUCUCGGCUUCAAAGAAAGGAGCAGAAAGACUUCAGGAAGUAUUGGAAGCCUACAACAAGGGAUCAGGUCAACUGGUUAACAAAGUAAAAUAAGCAAUGUUCUUCGUGAAGAGACGAAAGAAGAAACGAAGAGAAUUAUGAAGAUAGAAACAGAAGCUCUAGAGGAGAAAUACUUGGGACUACCUACGGCCCUAUGAAGAAACUUAGCAGGUGGAUGGUCAGAGAAAAUGUUAAAUUCUGCAGGUCGUGAAGUUCUUAUUAAAGCGGACAUGCAAGCAAUACCCACAUAUUCAAUGAGUUGUUUUAGCCUCUCAAAAACUACUUGCAAGAAGAUGACCCCGUCAAUGGCAAAUUUUUGGUGGGGAGGUGAUGGGGAUAAUCAGAGAAUGCAUUGGAGAAAAUGGGAGGAGUUCGCACAGCCAAAGAAAGCUGGAGGUAUGGGAUUUAGGGAGAUUCAUCUGUUCAAUCUAGCCAUGUUGGGUAAGCAAGGAUGGAGGCUUUUAACAAACCCAAGCUCUUUGUGUGCUAGAGUUUUGGCUGGGAAAUACUUCCAUAACAUGGAAUUUAUGAACGCAAAGAAGAAGAAGAAUAGCUCACAUGUUUGGCAAGCUAUCUUAAAAGGAAGAGCAGCACUUCACUUAGGCCUGAUCAAGAGAAUUAGAGAUGGAAAGUCUACCAAUAUAUGGGAAGAUAAAUGGAUUCCAACAAUUCCAAGAGGGAAACCAAAGGAGAGAAGGUACAACUGUCUUAAAUGUAUCAGAUCUUCUGAAUGAGAUCUGAAUGCAUUAAGGAAUGGGACGGUACUCCCUCCGUAAAGAAAUAUAUAAGUGUUUAGAUCACGUAUUUAAGAUUCCACUGGGAAAGUUAGACCAUGAUACCUGGGCUCAGCUGAAAAACAUGGUCUGUAUUCAGUUAAAUCAGCAUACAAACUCCUUGCCAUAAAUUCAAGAGAGAAUUUCUUAUUUGGCCCUUUCUUAAACUUUGGUUCCCUAUUUGGUCCAAAAUAAAAUUUUCUUCUCAAUUUGACACCUAAA